AAGUUAUUACUACUAAAACACAAGUGAUUCGUAGGACAUUAUCUCCGGAGGCCGAUAGCAAUCCGUUCGGACACAUUGCAUUUCAACUCGUGCGGUCUAAGACAGCACAGAUAGUCGAUCCAUCAUGGCGCAGAACCCACUUCUUGGUGAGUAAUGGUGUUUUGUUUCUUGGUGUCAUUGUUUUGUUAUGUCUUCCGGGCAAGCGAUUUGCAAAAUGUUGCAAUACCUUCAUCGCAUGCAAUCCAUGUCUGCAAUGCACGUUGUUGGAUUCCUUCUGCAGGCCGGUACUGCCACAUCCAUGGGAAAAUAUCACUCGAGAUUGGUGGAACAGACUCAACAAAAYCCGAUUGUCCAAGCGAUGUGAUGCAAUGCAACGCGAUCGGCCUGGGAACCACGGAUCAACCGAAAGGUUGGAUUGGUUUCGCGUUUGUUUUCUCCGAAGCCUGUUUGGAAGCAGAGGAAGGCAGAGCCGGGGACUGCCCAGAUGGCAAGAGCAAGAAAGACUGGUUAUACCCGCACCCUUAGCCUCUUUUCAUUCGUCAUGUGCUCGUCGAUCGGUUUGAACUGGCCGUUCACAGAGCUUGCCAAAACCUCCGCUUCGAUUCGAUUUCAUUCCAUUUCAUAUCAUUACAUUCGAUUAUCAUUACGAGACGAUCGAAAAGAAUGGUCACACGCUCGUUACUGAAUGGUAGCGACCAUUCCACUGUCUAUUSGAUUCGGUGGAUYACCUGUGAAAUUUAAUUUGCAACAUCUCAUUGUACUGCUAUACUUUUGCUUCUCGCUGUUGCAAUCUCUGCUUUUCUGCUUCACGCUCGCGACACGACUCUUGGCCGCAACCCGCAGGAAACCGUAUCUCUCUGAUUUCCAAGAAGAAYAUUCGAUACGAGGGUAUCCUUUAUUCGAUCAACGAAACAGACUCUACGCUUGCCCUGCAAAAUGUCAGGUCGUACGGAACGGAAGGCCGAGAGAAAUCGGACCCUUCGACCGCGUUUGUAGCACCUCAGGAAGGUGUCCACGUUUAUUUGCUAUUUCGGGGCUGCGACAUCAAAGACCUUCACGUUCACGAGCAGCAGUCGGAGACUGAGAACACAGCUUCGGCAAAGGGGGAAACAGCAGAAGARACACCGAACAACGACACAUCUUCGCCAACCACCGGUGGCGAAGCAGAAACUGCACCACCGCAAACGAACGCGGACAGAAAGAAUGAUCCAAAUACCACAAACAACGGCAGCAACACCACUGGCGAUAACAAUAUUGCUUCAUCGGACAGCGAUGAUAAGUUGCCCCCGCCACCGAAGGUUCCGUCGAAACCGUCAAGAAACCAAAACCAGCCAAACGGGAAGAACUCCCAACGGCGGUCCGGGAACUCUAGACGGAAAGGAGCAGCCGUGGGRACGGGAGCUAGCCUGCUGAACCGUAAGGCACGGGGCGCGGUCGAGGGAGGURAGUUGUGUUGAGCUAGGUUGAAUUUGAGUUGAGCUUGUUUGCACCGAGUGAUGUGUACGAAAUGAGAAUUGCCUUGCAUCUCGUGGAUAAUCUGUUCUGGAACCUAACUUUCAAGUGUGUAUAAAUUUGCUCUCUCCAC